AUGUCUUCACAACCUUCUUCCGAGUCAUCAUCAUCGGAAAGGAACAAACAACGACAUUCUGGAUCAUUAAAAAUUUCAAACACUAAAACUAUGGAAAUUCUCAACAAAACAUUUUCAAUUUCAAAUAUUGAUAGAGAUUUGAAAUAUUUUGAAUGUAGAGAUCCAUUUAAUACUUUAAAUAUUAUCAAAGGCUAUAUUAUUACUAAACAUGGAAAAUUUAAUGGGUCAAUGAUCAUUGACAAUAUCAAUAAUAUUGAUUUAAAUACUCCAAAUAUAGUUUAUAACAUUCCCAAUUUAAAUUACUUGUAUCCCAAAAAACAAAAAAAGCAAAAGGGAAUGUCCCUCUUACCUGAAUCUCAUUUCAAAUCAAUGAAAGGAUUGUUCUAUUACUGCUUUAUGAAGAAAUGGAAUGGUUCCAAUAUUGUUUUAUACAAGUAUAGAAACAAUGAGGGUGAAUUAUUUAUUAGUGCUAAAACUAAGGGUGCACCCAUUGUUGAAAACAAUGAAAAAUAUUCCAUCCAAUUUUUUGAUUUGACUGUCAAGAGUUUGAAAAAGUUAAACAUGUUGUUGUUGUUUGAAGAGAAAAGUACUACUAGUAGCAGUGAACAAGAUACGAGGAAUGAUACUUUGAGUAGACCACCACUAAAGAUUAGAAAUACAAUUCUUUCCUCCAUGAAAGAUAUUUAUUUCAAACAUUUCAUUGAGAAUGAUCAAAUCAAUUCCAUUUCAUGUGAAUUAUGUGGUUUUGAAGAACCUCAUUUAGUCAAGUAUGAUUUUGAUAUUGAAUUGAAACCACUCUUAUUCUUGUAUCAUGAUGGUUCUAUUCGACCAUGUAUUGGAUUACAUUCAGAAAAUUCCAUUGAGAAAUCAACUACUUUGAAUGAUCCUACUACUAUGAAUACAACAACGAAUGAUCCUACAUGUUGUUUGAACAACUCUCACAUACCAGAUAAUAAUCUUCCGUAUUCUAUUAUAAUGAGCGAUCCCUCCAAGGAUCAAGUCUCUGGAAGUAAUGGUAAUCAUGCCACUACUACCACUACUACAACUACCACAAGUACUACCACGAGUACUACCACGAGUACUACCACUACCACUACUACAACUCCUCUCAUGAUCAAUCAUCUCUAUGAAUACAACAAUCAUUACCAUCAACUUGUGAAUCAUAUCAAAUCACUACAAGAGUACAAUCUCAAAUUGAAUGAGGAAUUUAGAGCACAACAUCAAUUACCUCAUCGUUAUGAAUACAAUCAUUUCAUUACUGAAGGAAAUGUCUUGUACUUGUUAAAUAAGAAUUUACAAUGUGUGGAUCGAAAUUUCAUUUACAAGGUCAAACCAAGUGAUGUUGAAGAUGUUCAUUGGGAAACAUUUGGUGAUAAACAUAAAACUCUGGUAGAUGCAGCAUUGAGUAAGAUUGAUUUGAGAGGUUUAGAAUUGUCAGAAGAGAAUUUAAAGAGAGAAUUAGAUACCAUUGGAGAUAAGGGUUGGAGUAAAUUUGGAAAUGCAAUUGUGAAAUAUGUGGAAGAACAUCACAAGAGACAAGUUUUGAAUACAAAGAAGAGAAAGAACGAGUUCGCGACUACACCAUCCCUACCAUCAGAGAAUCAAGAGACUGCAGAAUCUAUUGAUGAGACUGAUUCAGAAUCAAAUUCCUGCCUUCUGCAAGAACAACAACCCAAGAAACAGAAGAUGGAAUAA